UGAAACCAGGGUUUUAUUAGAGGAUAAAAGCGGCGAAGGAGAGAGUGAAGAGAUCUCUCCAAGACUCGAACAGAAGCGGCGUCCCCGGCGACGGACGGUUCCCGGUAAGUCAUGGUUAAGCAUAACAAUGUUGUGCCCAAUGGGCAUUUCAAAAAGCAUUGGCAGAACUAUGUCAAGACUUGGUUCAACCAACCGGCUCGCAAGACUAGAAGACGCAUUGCUAGGCAGAAGAAGGCUGUAAAGAUAUUCCCUCGGCCUACAGCUGGACCUCUUCGCCCCAUUGUUCAUGGACAAACCCUCAAGUAUAACAUGAAAGUUAGAGCAGGAAGGGGAUUUUCUCUUGAAGAGCUGAAAGCAGCAGGCAUUCCAAAGAAGCUUGCCCCUACCAUUGGCAUUGCAGUUGAUCACCGCCGCAAGAACCGAUCUCUGGAGGGUCUUCAAGCUAAUGUUCAGAGGCUGAAGACUUACAAGGCUAAAUUGGUUGUCUUCCCAAGACGUGCCCGCAAAUUUAAGGCUGGUGAUUCUAGUGCAGAGGAACUGGCAACAGCCACUCAGGUCCAAGGUCCGUACAUGUGCAUUGAGCGUGAGAAGCCAUCUAUUGAGCUGGUGAAGGUUACAGAUGACAUGAAAUCAUUUAAAGCUUAUGCAAAACUGCGUGUUGAACGGAUGAACCAGCGACAAGUUGGUGCAAGGAUGAAGAAGGCUGCAGAGGCCGAGAAAGAAGACAAGAAGUAGUAAGUUGUGACUAGUUAGACUUUGUAACUGUUGACAUAGACCAUCCAAAUUUGAGUUCAUUUCUUAUAGUUUUGUCCUCCUGAUUUACCAUAUCAAACCUCUUGAAAUCAUUUUGGAUGUAUAUCCGCUAUUUUUAUAUCUAUUAUUAGAGCACUCUGGUUAAACUCCUGUUUUGGGGGGAUUGUGUUCUGAGGAGUAGAUUUUCAUGAAAGGAGGUCCUGUUGUUAUGCAGGUUUGGAUGGAA